UUUCGUGGUUUGUAUGUCUUCUUCAUUGAUUUCUUGUCCACACCACACCACACCACACCACGUCAGUCGGUCGGUCAGUCAGUCAGUCAGUCAGUCAGCCACUCACUGAUUCAGCUAAUUGUUGAUGGGCCCAGCAAGAGCCAGCCACACCGGACGUAAUGCAGGCAGGUGAUACAGAACGCGCAAUGCAAUCCACAAUUAUGGCACGUACGGCGACCAUGCAUAAGGUAGGUUGUUUGGAUGAAGCCCUAAGAAGAGAACCAACCGACAGGAAUUGACCAUGCAUACGAGCAUACGCACGCACGACACACACGUGCACACACACUACGUACACACAUCCGUACGAAACGGCUCUCAGAGGCCUCCCUCUCUGGCUGCCUUUCUGCAGACCUCCGACACCAGAGGCGGCGCCAGCUUGGCCACCGACCCGCAGAGUCUACAGAUGCUCCCUGACACACCCCUCUGCCCACUCCCACAGCACCCCGCUCAUGGUCAUCCAGUAGGGCGGCAGAGCCGCCGGCCACGGCACAGCCCCCACAUGCGGGCCAGAUAUCUCCUGCACCAGGUACCACACCGCCGACAGCCGAUACCCCACAUACGCACCCGCCCGCUCCACCCACUCGCUGCACUGCUUGUUGCCCCCACCCAGCCAUGCGGCCGCACGGCUGCCAAGAUGGGCGGGCGAGAAGGGGGUAGGGGCAUGCAGGUACGGCGCGUAGUAGAGGGGCGGGGUGUCGAUGUCGAUGCCCGGUGGCCCGUUGUUUGCGUCGGUGAGUGGCUGUGUAGCGGCGAAUAGAGAGGGGAUGGCUCCCCGCGACGGUGUGGUCAUGAAGAGGUCGGCCACGAGGUAGAUGGCGCGCAUGGGGUGGUAGCCGGCUGACUGGAAGAUGGGCGUCACCACACUGCCGGGACUCGCUGCAGGCAGGCAAACAAACAAGCAGGCAGGCAGGCAGCACGAAACAAUGAAUGACCAGAGGCAAAUGGGCAGACAGACAGAUGGUCGGUCGGUCGGUCGGUACCGGCAAAAGCCAUGGGUGGGGUGUUUGGUGCUCCGGCUCGUUUGGCCUCCGCUCGUCUGAGCCGCAACUGCAUGCAUUUGAAUGCAUGCAGCCGCGCCACACCACACCACACCACACCACACCGAACAUACAUAGCAGAUGAGCAUCGGGCGGGCUCGACGCGCAGACACGCUCUGGACGGCACCUGUGCAGCGAAGAGUAUCAUGGCGAGCUUCGAAUCGCCAUAAACGUAGCUGCGGUACCAUCCCUGCAGACGUGACGUCACUCACACCAUCUCACUCUCUCUCCCUCUCUCUCGUAUGACUCACUCACUCACCGCCAGAGCCCCAUCGAGGUGUCGCCUAAGGUUGGCCUUCUUGUGCUCGUCCAGCGCUCCCUCCCACUCGUCUUUGGUGUAGUCGACGUCACCCCAGUGGUCGGCCAUCAUUGCGUGCAGCCACGCGGGGCCGCCCAUGCGGUGGUACCAAGACCCCACAUUGACAAUGCGCGAGUCGGGCGUGGCACACAUGCGGUCGUACAGCAGACGGGUCAGCAGGUAGUGCCCUGAGUGAGUAUGGGAACAGACACAGAGACAAGAGUGAGUAUGCGUCAGUUGAGUUGAGUACCAAUGAAGUUGAUCCCGAAAGUGGCGCUGAACCCGUCUUUGGUCUUGCGCCGCGCGUGCCAGUUGCCGAGGCCGGCAUUGUUGAGCAGCAGGUGGAUCGCACCGCACUCCCUGCGUCCAUCCGCCAGCAUAGACAGACGCAUCAUGUCAACCAAACCAGCAACCAACAGUGACCACACAGCCAACAGGUUUUCCCCGGCGCUUCACUCCCUAAGUCCCUCACUCACCGCAGCACAUGGUCAGCGGCACAGUGGAUGCUCUUGAGGUCUCCCAAGUCCACAUACACGAAACGGGCUGAGCCUCCACUUUCGCUGCUGCUGCCAAACGACUCGGCCAUCUCCUCGCCCUUCGCCUGCCAGAGGCACAACCCCCCACCCACCCACCCACCCGGGCACACACUCAUGGAUUGAUUGAUUGCUUUGUGUGUGGUUUUUCCUCUACUCUCCGUGUGUGGGCACCCACACACCUUGUUGAUAUCGAGUAUCCACACGUGUGCCCCCGCUUUCACGAGAUAGCGCACCAGCUCACAGCCGAUGCCUGCCGCCCCGCCAACCACACGCGGCGCACAGUGUGCCGCUGCCACUUUGAUCCUUUUGCCUGCCUGCCUGCCUGCCUGCACACCCGGUACGGUACGGUACGUACCUGAGCAGCCGCCAGUCAUUAUGCAGGUCCAUCCGCGCACGGCCGCCAGCCGCCUUUCCAGCUCAGCGUCCUCCGCCUUGCUCGACUGGGCCCUGUGGGAGAGUCUGCUCCAGAUGUGGUAAAGGGUGCCCGCCACGGCGCCCCAUAUGAUGCCCAGCACCACGCAGCAGUGGAGAAGAGGCACCAGCAGCAGCCUGUCCAGCUCGUACAGCACAAAGAGCAGGAAAGACGAAGCUGCACCUUGGCCUUUUCCCGCUGCGUCACACAUCUCGCCAGCGCCCCGUGAUCAUGAAGAGUGGCGUGGAAAACACGGGCCUCCUCUAGAG